AUGUAUGCAGAUGACACUCAUUUGACUUACGCAAGUAACGAUAUUGAUGACAUUGAUCAUCACUUCAACGAAGAUCUUGCUAAAGUCAGUGAGUGGUUAGUAGCCAACAAACUUACUUUAAACCAAUUUAAAACAGAAUUUAUGCUAAUCGGCUGCCGUCAAAGGAUUAGUACUUUCAACUCUAGUCCUUCACUGACAAUAAAUGACGUACCAAUUAAACAAGUCUCUCACACAAAGUCACUUGGUGUACAUUUAGACGAGAACUUGACUUGGAAUGUUCAUAUCGAGAAAUUAUGCAAAAAAGUCGCUUCUGGCAUAGGUGCAUUAAAGCGUAUAAGGCCAUUUGUCCCACCUUCCACAAUGCAACUUAUUUACAAUUGCUUAGUUCAACCCUAUUUCGAUUAUUGUUGCGUUGUCUGGGAUAGUUGCGGCAGUACUCUUGCGAAUAAACUGCAAAAACUCCAAAAUCGAGCCGCUAGAGUACUUACUUCAUCUAGUUAUGAUACAAAUGCUGAAUAUCUAAUUGAAAAAUUGAGCUGGAAAAACCUUGAAUCUCAGCGAAAAAUUGCCAAAGCUAUAAUGGUCUAUAAAUCUCUUAAUGGUUUUGUGCCAGACUACCUGUCUGAAAUGUUUGUUGAUCGAAGUAGCGUAACAAAUUAUACAUUGAGAGACACCAGUAGAAAAUUAGCUUUAGCUCAACCAUGCACGCACAAAUUACCUGAAAAAUAGUUUUAGCUAUAGUGGUUCUGUGCUGUGGAACUCCCUUCCGGUUGAAUUGAGACAGUCUAACUCAUUACGUAAAUUCAAGUCAGACUGCAGCAACUUUAUACAUUAGUCAAUAAUUUUAGAUUUUUAUAUUAAUAUAUUAGCACGGCACUUAUGGAAAACAGGUAUUCUUGUAAUAUAUAAUUAGUAUUAGUAUAGUAUGUAUACAUAAUUAGUAUUUUAAUUAACUUUUAUAUUCUGUAAUCUGUAACUAUAUUGUAUUCUCUUAUCAUCUUUUAUGUAAAAUCCUGAUAAGUCUACCGUGGGUAAAUAAAGUUCACAAUCACAAUACAUUCUUCAAACACUCAUUAAUAAUUCAUAAGCUUAUUGGCAAAUCAUGUCAACCAUAAUAUGUCACGUGCAGUGGCUUUAAACCUGAUAAAACACUCCUAAUUAGUAUUCUUUAUAUAAAGAAUACUAAUAAGGCAGUACCCAUUGUAGUCGUGUCCUUAUCAGUAUUCUUUAUAUAAGGAAUACUAAUAAGGCAGGAUAUCUAUUGAAUUUGUAGUCGUGUUUGAAGCCGUUUAAUAAACUCGCAGGUCGUGUUUUAUUAGGUCUAAAGCCACUCGCGCUGCGCGCUCGUGACUUUAAACCUAAUAAAACACUCCUGCUCGUUUAUUAAACAGUACAUCGAUGUUUGUUGCGUGGAAUGUAUGCAAAUCUUUUAAAGAUGCUGAAAAGUUCGUUUUGCGCAUACGUUCUGCGCAGGCCUACAUUCCAAUGGUCGGGUCCCGACAAUGGUCCCGACCAUUGGAAUGUUUAGUAUUAAUAUUUCGCAUCUUCCGAACUUUUUUAAUUGAAUCUCUAGUCUGUAUUACUUUAAAAGUAUAGCGAACCAGAAGAAUCACAUUUACAACAGUGACACUGAGUUCAAAAUGUAAACAAAGCGUUUGUUUACAUUACGGACUUUACAGCAUCUUUAAAGUAAGUUUAUUACUUUGAUUAAUUUACACUUGUUACUGACAGUAGUUGAGCCCCGUGUGAUCAGAUUUGAUUGACAUGCAUAUCGAUUUCGACCAAUGGGAAUUUUGCGUUGUGUGGGCAAUACGUAUUUCGUUUCUUGAUGUGUUGUCGGAAGUCCCUCCCUUCUCCUGAGGGACUGCUCGCAGUCUAGAUAUACAUGUAACUAUACUAGGUACAAGAGGAAGAUGUAUUUUAUCUUUAAAAGUGUUCUUCCUUAGAGCUUGUUACAGUUCUUUGCGAUAAAUUGCAACACUUUCGGGAAACUGAAUAUUAAAGUUUCGUUGACAACUAUUAAAUCUUAUCAAUGUUAUGAAUUUUCUACCGAAUUUGUUUGUCCACAAUCAUAAUUUUAAUCACAGCGUUUAUAUUUAUUAGGAAAAAAAUACAAACAAUUGUCGGGGGUGCAUGUCACCAAACCCUUCUAGGUUAAACAGACGGUCUAAUAACGAUACUUUAUUGCCUGUUAAAUGUUCGCCCCCUUCUCGGGGACCUUAUAAAUCCCCUCGUCAGGGAAAUCUUGACACCAUCAUUGCUUUAUGUGUUUUAUAGCUCACACAUACCUAACUCACUUUUCCUUUUCCUGCACAUGUCUGAAGAAACAUCGCUCAUUUUGUAAAGCUUACCAUCCAAAAGCCUCUGUACAGUCGAAACCUCUGUCAAGCAGACACCCUUCCUCAGUGGACAAAAAUUUUCCAGUCCAUAACACAGAUCCUUCUCAUUUUAAGCGGAUACGCAUAGAACUUUACAAAACCAUGGAAUUCGGCCAAAUGCUAAGCAUAAAGCAAAUCAAUAAAAUUCUGGCAGAUCUAUUAGAAAAUACGUUAAUUUCAAGUUAUUUGAUUACAAUCCUCAAUAAAAACUCGAGCAGACUUUCAACUGCCCCUCUACCCCGGAAAGCAUCAGCUCCACAUGACGCCGGCCAUGCCGACACGUUGGUGAUAUCCCAAAUAUCUAGACUUUAUUGGGGAACGACUUAUGUUCGAACGUGGUGCUGGGUGUUGUGUCAAAGAAAUUUCCCUCCCAUCAUUGAUUGGCAUUGCAUUAUAAUGUUUUUCAUUCUUUUAGAUCCGACCGUCAUUUCAGCGAACUAUCGAAGAACUGUCAGGCAAGGAGAUUUUAAAUUCAUUCUUGGUAAAAGUGUUCCUAUGCCUGCAAUGGAUACUGUGAAAAAAAUCACAGACGAAUUUAUAGAAGUUGAAUAUUUUCUCAAGAACAAAACCCGUGUUAAAGAAAUCUUUCUACAACCAGUUCCACAUGAACAUCUGUUGAAAAAAAGCGCACAAAAGCAACCAGGAAUCCCUUUGAACAUUUUAAUCAUUGGUGUAGAUUCACUGUCUCAUUCGAAUACGAAAAGAAAAUUACCUAAAGUGUAUAAGUAUCUUAAAAACGAGCUUAGAUCAAUCUUAUUUAAUGGACAUUCUAUAGUCGGGGAUGGAACCACGGAGCAACUGACCGCAAUGUUAACUGGACUAGGAGAGCUAGAGCAGCACGAGUCAAGACGUCAUCAUAAAAACCCCAAACCUGUUGAUGGUUGGUCGUGGAUAUAUAAACAACUUAAAGGUAAUUAAUAUAAACUGUUGAGGUUUUGGUCGGAACUAUACAUAUAUUAGUAUAAUAAUUGAUGACACAAACUUCGACUUGAAAAUUCUUCAUAUCAUGCUCAACAUCAUUGAAUAAUUGUUAAAUAUCUAAUAACUGCUAGUUGAACACCACCUGCUGUGCGACAGCGUCCAGUGAAAACCAGUAUAGCACUUAUUUAUUGACCAGUAUAGCACUGUUAUUAGCAUCACUUUUGUUAUAACGUAAUUUCUUCAUGUUUGUAUGCUCAUUAUAUAGAAACUGGUUACUUGACCGGUUAUUCUGGUGACUGUCCCGGGUUGGGUCCAUGGCAAUACAGACUGAUGGGCUUCAAGAAUCCACCAACCGAUUUCUACACAAGACCAUUUUAUGCCAUGGCUGCACAGCUGAUUAAAAACCCGAACAUCUGCUUAGCUUCCAGGACUAUAUCUAAAGUUCAGUUUGAUUAUAUUCGAGAAGUCUUUGAUAUGUUCAAGAAUAAACUGAAGUUCUUUUUCUCAUUCAACGGUAAGAUAAGAUCAUUAGUAUAUUAUUUUAUUUUAAUUAACGUGUCCAGUGUAGAACGGCAAAGCAAUCACGGAUUAAAAUAUUAAAGAUAAAGUAAUUUUAACCUUCACAACUAGGUUAUUAUUCCAAAGGUGAUUACAAGUGCCCGUUUAUACAAUCCC